CUAGACCUCUGUCGUCAAUACAUUAUCAACAUUGCCCCCGCCUUUCUGUGCCAGUCACGGGAAGGUCAUAACGGUACGGGGCUUUUACGAACAUUAACUUAACGGACGGUUAGCAACAAAGAGUGACAGUUCAAAAUGUGGCGGCGUUGUGCCUGGCUGGCUGUGGUGGUUGCACUUCCUGUCUUGGCCCUUUCUGAUACAGGGCGGUUCUGGUUCAUAACUGAUAUCCACUAUGACCCGUCCUACCUGCGGCCGCACCAGCCUGGCAGGGUGUGUGACUCCCUGGGGCCGGGAAUGGACCCCCCGGCGAACCCCGGCCCGUGGGGUGACCAUGAUUGUGACCCCCCGUGGCGCACCAUCAACUCCUCUGUGUACGCCAUGAAGGCCAUAGACCCGAACCCGGACUUCAUCCUACGGGGAGGUGAUGACGUCCCACACGUGGAUCGCGCGUCCCUGAACUACACAGCCCGGACCGUGGUGACUCUCCUCAGUAACAUCACUCAGCUGCUGGAGGAAGUCUUCCCGGGAGUACCGGUCUAUUCUUCACUUGGUAACCAUGACUACUGGAUAAAGAACCAGCUGCCUGACACGCCCAAUGACGUGUACAAUGACGUGGCGACGCUCUGGUUGUCGGGGGCGGGACAGGAUGCCAUGGACACGUUUAGAAGGGGUGGUUACUAUAGCGCCCCCUUGCGGGCUGGCCUGCGCGUGAUCGGCCUGAACACGAACCUGCUGUACGGACGGAACCUGGUCACGGAGGGACAGGAUGAUCCAGCAGGGCAGUUCGCGUGGCUGGAGCAGCAACUUGAGCAGGCUAGGGGGAACAUGGAAAAGGUGUACAUAAUAGGUCACGUGCCCCCUGGUACUCACGAACGAAUCUACACCAAGCGCGAUUUCCGCCCCAACCACAACAAACGGUACAUCGCCAUCGUCCGGAAGUACGCUGACGUCAUAUCCGGUCAGAUGUUUGCGCACGAGCACUUCGAUACCUUCAGGAUGAUCUACGAUGAGCAAGGCGCUCCCAUCAGCACAGUGUUCCUGAGUCCCGCCAUCACACCCUGGAUGCGGAGGAACAACCCGGCUUUCAGGCAGUACCUGUAUGAGCGGACUACCGGAGAACUGCAGGACUACCUACAGUACUACGCCAACUUGACCAAAGCCAAUGACCUGCAGCUGACAGACUUGGACUGGCAACUCGAGUACCAGGCCACGGUGGAUUAUGGGAUACCUGACGUCACUCCCGUCUCCAUGGAAACGCUGAGGAACUCUCUGAAUGAAGUUCCAAGCGGUGCUUUUGAGAAGUACUACAAGCAUAACUCAGUGGGAGUGGACUAUGGAUUGUGUGUAGAAGAUUGUAGGGCUGCUCAACUUUGCUCUACAUACAGGGUGGAUUAUGACGAGUAUGACGUGUGUUGGCAAGCUAGGGUUGGAGGUGUUAGAGGUCACAGGGCAGAUGGGGUGCUUAAUGUGUUGGCACUGGCAGUGAUGGGCGUGGUUCGACAUUUGGUUUGAUUUGGACAACUGAGUUGUCCUAAAUGCUGGAUAUUGGUCUAGGGUCCAAGCGUUCAUUUUCAUAGGUGGUUGUACCAUCUAUGCUUUCAACUGAGGUAUUUUGUUGAUCACGAUGGACAAUAUGAUUUUUGUCCUAACCAACAAAAAAUAUGUCCAAAUUGACAAUGGCUUAACAGAACUAGGCUAGUUAAGUCAUUUUUAAGAGUUGACGGCUCUAGACUUUGAAGUUUGGAUUCUUAACUCUCUACUCACCACAGCAAUUACUUAUUCAAUGUUCGACACCUAACUUGUAACGAAAUAUGCUUGGAAUUUAUUUAGCAGCCAUAGUAUCAUGACUCUAGCUCACUUUAGACAAGAGUCCAACAAUGUUGCAAAUGUGUAGAAGUGUGUUAUGCAACGCCAGAAA